AUGGCUCUUCAGAAGAUGGACCAGUUCAUAGAGAAUCUGCCGUCCAUGGAUCUGAUGCGCUCCGAGAAGAUGACCUUCGUUCAACUCAUUAUCCCCGCCGAGUCCGCCCACCGCGCCAUCUCCUACCUCGGCGAACUCGGCCUUCUUCAAUUCCGCGACAUGAAUGCUGAUAAAAGCCCUUUCCAGCGAACAUUUGUCAAUCAGGUCAAAAGAUGCGGAGAAAUGUCAAGGAAGCUGAGGUUUUUCAAAGAUCAAAUACAAAAAGCUGGUCUAUUGUCUUCUGCUCAUUCUACACUGGAACCUGAUAUUGAGCUGGAGGAAUUAGAGGUACAACUUGCUGAACAUGAACAUGAGCUAAUUGAGAUGAACUCAAACAGUGAGAAACUUCAGCAGUCGUUCAAUGAACUCUUAGAAUUCAAGAUAGUUUUGCAGAAGGCAGUUGGCUUUCUUGUAUCACACAAUAGUCAUGCAGUUGCUGACGAGACCGAGUUAGACGAGAAUGUGUACUCCAAUGGUGAUUUUGGUGAAGCAUCCUCGUUGCUUGAACAGGAAAUGCGGUCUGGGUCAUCAAGUCAAUCAACUGUGAGAUUUAUCAGUGGAAUUAUACCUAGAUCCAAAGUCUUAAGAUUUGAGAGGAUGUUAUUCCGUGCUACUAGGGGAAAUAUGCUCUUCAAUCAAACUCUGGCAGAUGAGGAAAUCUUGGAUCCUACUUCCAAUGAAAUGGUUGAGAAAACAGUAUUUGUAGUAUUUUUCUCAGGUGAACAGGCAAGAAUGAAGAUCAUAAAAAUUUGCGAAGCAUUUGGGGCAAAUUGCUACCCUGUUCCAGAGGAUAUAACUAAGCAAAGGCAAUUAACUAGAGAAGUCUUAUCACGUCUUUCUGAGUUAGAAGCCACUUUGGAUGCUGGAAUUCGCCACAGAAAUCAAGCCCUUGUUUCCAUUGGAUUGCAUCUAACAAAGUGGAUUAACAUGGUGAGGAUGGAGAAGGCUGUGUAUGAUACCCUGAAUAUGCUUAACUUUGAUGUGACGAAAAAGUGUCUUGUUGGUGAGGGUUGGUGUCCUAUAUUUGCAAAACCUCAGAUUCAAGAGGUGCUGCAGCGAGCAACUUAUGAUAGCAGUUCUCAAGUCGGCAUAAUAUUUCAUGUAAUGGAAGCUACAGAGUCACCUCCUACUUAUUUCAGAACCAAUUGCUUCACUAAUGCCUACCAGGAAAUUGUUGAUGCAUAUGGGGUUGCUAGGUAUCAGGAAGCAAAUCCAGCAGUGUACACUAUAGUUACAUUUCCUUUUCUCUUUGCGGUGAUGUUUGGAGAUUGGGGCCACGGAAUAUGCUUGCUUUUGGGAGCACUGUUCCUUAUUGCUCGUGAGAAGAAGUUGGGUACUCAGAAACUUGGAAGCUUUAUGGAGAUGCUUUUUGGUGGCCGCUACGUACUCCUUUUAAUGUCUCUUUUCUCAAUAUACUGUGGGCUGAUUUACAAUGAGUUCUUCUCCGUCCCUUUCCACAUAUUUGGUGGGUCUGCUUACAGAUGCAGAGAUGAUUCCUGCAGGGAUGCCCAUACUGUGGGGUUGGUUAAAUUCCGAGAUCCUUACCCAUUUGGUGUAGAUCCUAGUUGGCGUGGAAGCCGUUCAGAAUUGCCCUUUUUGAACUCUCUGAAGAUGAAGAUGUCUAUUUUAUUGGGUAUCACACAAAUGAACCUUGGAAUCUUAAUGAGUUAUUUCAAUGCACGCUUUUUUGGGAGCUCACUAGAUAUAAGGUAUCAAUUUGUGCCGCAGAUAAUCUUCCUGAAUUCCCUGUUUGGGUAUCUUUCACUUCUCAUCAUCACCAAGUGGUGCACUGGUUCCCAGGCAGAUCUUUAUCAUGUCAUGAUAUACAUGUUUCUGAGUCCCACUGAUGAUCUUGGUGAGAAUGAGUUGUUCUGGGGCCAAAGGCCUCUUCAGAUUGUGCUGUUGCUUUUGGCUUUAGUUGCAGUUCCAUGGAUGCUGUUUCCUAAACCAUUUAUUUUGAAGAAACUUCACACAGAGAGAUUUCAAGGCCGUACCUAUGGUAUGCUUGGUACCUCUGAAGUUGAUCUCGACUCAGAACCCGGUUCAGCAAGGGGUGCACAUCAUGAAGAUUUCAAUUUCAGUGAGGUGUUUGUGCACCAAAUGAUACACUCGAUAGAGUUUGUGCUUGGUUCUGUCUCCAAUACAGCUUCAUACCUUCGUCUUUGGGCUCUGAGCUUGGCCCACUCUGAAUUAUCAACAGUUUUCUAUGAAAAAGUCUUGCUCUUGGCGUGGGGGUAUGACAAUAUCGUGAUCCGAUUGGUGGGGCUUGUGGUUUUUGCAUUUGCCACCAGUUUUAUACUGCUCAUGAUGGAGACGCUCAGCGCUUUCCUGCACGCGCUGCGUCUCCACUGGGUAGAGUAUCAGAACAAGUUCUAUUUCGGCGAUGGUUACAAGUUCAAACCGUUUUCCUUUGCCUCCUUAACCGAGGAAGAAGAUUAG